UCUAGCUGCUGUCACUACGUUUGUUGGAGAAUUCUUGAGAUUUCACUUUGUCCUUCCAUGCUGUUUUCUCUGUCAUUCUGAUGUUUCUUUUUGUGAUUGAAUUCCAGAUGGUUCAACAGUGCUUCCAAAAUGAAUAUUUUGACAGUUUGCUGCAUGCUUGCAAACCGUGUCACCUUCGGUGUUCCAACACCCCUCCUCUACCCUGUCAGCGUUACUGUAAUGCAAGUAUGGCCACAUCAUUGAAAGGAACAAAUGCCAUUCUCUGGAUCUGCUUGGGCCUGAGCUUAAUAGUUUCUUUGGCACUUUUUGCGCUAAUGUUCUUAUUAAGGAAGAUGAGCUCUGAACCCCUAAAGGAUGGAUUUAAAAACACAGAAUCUGUUCUUCUGGAUGCAGCAGUUAAUGGUGACCUGGACGAUAACAGGACUGAUGGUAAAAUCAUUCUUCCGAGAAGCCUGGAGUACACAGUUGAAGAAUGUAUCUGUGAAGACUGUGUCAGGAGCAGACUAAAGGUUGAUUCUGACCAUUUCUUCCCACUCCCAGCCAUGGAGGAGGGUGCAACCAUUCUUGUCACCACAAAGACAAAUGACUACUGCAAGAGCUUGUCUGCUGCUUUGAGUGUCACAGGGAUGGAAAAAUCAAUUUCUAUUAAAUAAUUUAUCUUUUUGGCUGCUGUAGAGCUAC